AUGAACAGAAAUCACAACUACAGAACGGGCUCCUUCAGCUCAAUCUCUCGUCCCUACCUCCCCUCAAUCGACGAGAACGAAAUCGCCUCUACCCCUUCAUCUCACAGUCCUCCAACACCUCCUCUCCGCAUCCCGAGGAAAUCACCCCGGCGCGCUAUUCGCAGCAAUGCGAUUCCACCGGCGUAUAUACCCAGAGGACGAGUAUACUAUGCUCCGCCCGUGGCGCACUAUACCCCACCGCCUAGCUACAGCUAUAACCACAGCCACAGCUACAGCGAUGCCAAGGGUAGAUUCCUAGAGCAUGAGUACUCUGAAGCUGGGAGCUAUAGAGAGAGGAAAGUUUGUGGACUUGACAAGCGCAGAGGAUGUUGUUUGUUGAUUAUUGCGCUCGUGGGCGUUGCUAUUGUUGCUGUUGCUUUGGGCAUUGGACUCUCGAUAGGGUUGAAGGACGAAGACAGAGCACCACCGCAAGAGACUUCAACUUCGGAACCUCCAGCUGCAUUCCCGGCUGGUUCUUUUGCUUUUAAAGCAGAUCUUCAAAAUACAACCACAAACUGUACUUCCAAUCCUUCGACAUGGCGCUGCUAUCCCUAUGAAAAGGGCUCAUCAGCAACCUUCUUCUGGAUAAUCUCAUCCAACAACGGCUCCUCGUACAAUAUCUCAUCCACAGAAAACCCCUUCGCACCAUCGUUCACCAACUUGACCGUUGAUGUUCUUGACAGGGAUACAUCCUUAGAGCGUCUUCAGUUUUCUUUCUCAAUGAACAAGACGGUCGUCCCAGAUGAUCAGCUCUCGCCGAGCAAUCGUGCAGCAAAGUGUACGUUUGACGAUACGCUUUUCGAAGCUACACUGUGGACGCAGCGGAAAAGAGGUGACGAGGCGACUGGAAAUACAAAAUUUGCCGCUUGGCCAGGUGAUGUUGAUGUUGUCCAACGCAAGACAUUCAAUGGAGGAUCACCAAAUUGUGUGGAUAGCGAGGGUGGCCAAGUGGGCGAUGUCAAGUCGGAGUCCGGAGCGUGCGAGUGCCGCUAUGCAAACUACGAUAUCAACUAG